AUGGAGACGGUGCGAUCAAAUAGCGAGGGGUAUGCAUUUGAGACAAACGAUUCGCGGUCAAAAAUUGACAGAAUUAAGACCCAACAAAAUCCGAAACGGAGCAAGAUAAACAGUUUAACUCAGGAAUUUCCUCGACGGAGAACAAUCGCAAACAGCCCGUCCACUUCAAACGCAAAGAAUGCAAGCUUUUCUGGGAAAAAGCGCUCAAUGUUGAGGCGAUUAUCGCAAUGCCCCCUCUCGCCAUCAGUGGAAUACACAUCUGUUAUGGAGGGCUUUAAAGCAAAGAUAGCAUCAGAACCCAGUAAGCCAAUGGUUGCGUCGCCGCGGAAAAGAAAUCGGGAAAAAUCGUGUAAUCAUUCCGUUCAACAAUCUAAAAUUUCUUUUCUGAAACUACCCUCUGAGUUCGAGAGCAUGUUAAAUUUUGGCCCGCGACCGAGAGGAAACACUCUACCCACGCGACUCGGUGAUGCAAGAGCCUCGGAAACUGGAAAACCUUUAAGAUCAGACUCUGAUAAAAAAGUAUUUGAUGUUAAAUUAGCCUGGCAAGGAUCAAGGGAUGAUAUUUUCAUGACAGCAACAAAAGAUAAUCGAGAAAGCCAUAUGUCUGUGCUGGAUCUUCCCCAAGGAAAAUUGUCUUUGCAUAAGCUGGACGAUAAGGGCGAAGGCAAGAUAGCGGAGUCUUUUCAAACUAAUACAGUGCCUGGUAAGAGUGAUAAAGGUGGUCGGAAGAUACCACAGCGGAAAAAAGCGCAGGUUGAUUUGCCAAAGAUAGAGGAAAAAGAUUCUACAGAUCAUGCUAUUUCACAGAUAAAACUAAGCGAAAGCGAAGUUGGCUCUGACAAACGACAAAAUAGCCUUACAGCUGAAUACACAGACGUCAAAACUCCAGCUUCGCCAAGCUUGUUAAAGGACCGACCGAGAAAUGAGAAGGUGACAGCUACGUAUGAAAAAAGGGAAAGAAGUUUUUCCAGCGGCUACUUCACCGGGAUUAGAACAGACUCAACAAGAGCGAAAACAAAACUUUCUUGCUCCGUUUCAUGGGAUCCAAAGUUCGCCCAUCGCACCUCUUCGGAUGCAAUGAGUCGUGUAACCAUGGAUCUGAACGAUGAAGCCGCAAAAUCGAAACACUCGAACGCGUUUGCGGCUGUAAGUCCCGCGACAAAACGCAAAACAAGCCAGCUAGCGAUAACCCGCGCGAACUACAAACGCGUUGGGAACGCAACAUUGAGUGCAUCGAGGCUUCUUAAGAUUCAUUAUCGAGAAAACGGAAAUAAAAAUAUUAUUACAGCGGAAGAAGAGAAAGAACUCGAUGAAUUAUUCGAGGAAAUGAAAGAUUGUCGAUACUUGAGGACAAGUGGUUCUGAAGAGAUGAAAAUAUAA